AUGGCAGAUCCCGGCUGUGUCUAUGGCCGGCCAUCAGAAGCUCCUGUCCUCAGGCACACACCAGCGCUGCCUUGCUAUAGAGGGAGCUUCUACUUCUUGAACACUUCAUCAAGGCACUUUGUGACCCAAUAUGACCAGAUAUCCAAAGCAACAGAAGCUGCAUCCUCAUUCCAACAUCCCUCAACCCCUCUAAGCGUACCUCAGGGGGACAGUGGACGGGACGGAAGAGAAAGCGAUCAGCAAGAAUUCGAGGAGCUGCCGGCACAAGAUAAUGAAGAUUGGAGUGCUUUAGAUCUGAACCGCCAACUUUAUUCGCCAACAAACAUUAGUCAGUUUUAUCUCGUGUCCUCCGGCAAGGACCCCUUCGAGUUCCAACUCUUUGACUACUAUGUCAACGCCUUAUGCCCCAAUCUAAGUAGUCUGGCCACCGAAAACCCUUACCGGGAUUUCAUCGCACCGCUAUCCUUGACUUCCAAGGCACUCUACUUCACUGUCCUCAGCUGGGCUGCAUACGAGCGAUCCUACGAGGCCGCCAACCGCCAUACGCUGAUCAACCUCUCCACCAAGUACAAGGUAGAGGCGCUGAGAUGGCUCAGAAAAGAAGUCAUAUCUUGCCAAGAGGCAGUGGGCCACGCAAAGAAUACGCUGACAGCCUUGCUCGCUACCAUGAUCACGCUGUCUGGCCUCGAGAUCGUGGAGACGUGCUCAUCAACUUGGAUGGCACACCUCAAAGCUGGCCGCGCAAUCUGCAACAUUCUCUGGCCGGGCGGGUUCGACAUGUUUGAUAAAUUCCAGAGGUUCUGCGUUACCUGGCUCGUGACGCACGACGUCAUGGGCUGGAGGAUAUCAGAGCAAGAGACGCUCUUCGAACCGCGUGAGUGGUUCGCAACUGACGACGAGAUUGAGAUUGACGCCACCAUCGUCUGCUCCCGCGGCCUGGUAAAGCAAAUCUCCGAGGUCAGUGCGCUGAUAGUCGAGGCUCGCAAGGCUGACAUGGCAUCGGCGGACCCCGGGGUUGUUCAGUCCUUCAGGGCACGACGGGACAGAGUGGAGAGGACGCUACAUCACCUUCGACAGCAAAUCUCGACGGACCGAGCCUCAGAUUGGGCGGAGUUGCUUGAAAUUGCUGAGUGUAAGAGGCUGUGUGCCCUCAUAUACCUGUAUGCCGGCGUGGACGGGGUCAAGCCACUCUCGCCGACCCUGCAGCCCCUUACGGCGGCUGUCGUGAGGAUCCUCGCCCGGAUGCCACCCAAACCGACCAUGAUCUUUCCCCUGUUCAUUUUAGGCACCUUUGGCGCCUGGGCGGAAGAUGAGCGGCGGAUGAUCCUAGACAAGUUCACGGAGAUGGCCAAUGCGAGGCCUCUUGCGAGUAUUCUCAAGGCGAAGGAGGUUGUGCAGGCUGUCUGGCUGGACAGAGAUGUGGGUAAGGCUGGGCGAUGGGAGGAUCUCGCAGAGCAAAGGGGGAAUCUUUUAAGUCUGGCGUAG